GUGCGCCACGGACGCGUAGUGAGAAGCGUGGUAGCCGAUCGGUAUGGACAGUAGUCGGUAGACAGGCAGCGCACGUACGGCGAGAGGUUCCUGCUCCGGAUCGUAGCCCUCUUGCGUGCGCUUGUGUGUGUGUGCUUGUAGCGGAAUGUGUCUGGCGCGGUGUGUCUGUGCGGCAGUGUGCGUGCGUGUUCACCAGGCGAGACGCGGACCUCAUUCACACGCUCUGUCUAGCGCAAGAAGUGUUUUUUGGGAGCUGAAAAAGUGAACAAGACAAAUUUCCUUCACCGAAAAACAGAACGAAAAGUGAUUGUAAGUGUGUGUGUGAUUCCAGAAGAGUUAAACAGAAGGAAAGAAGAAUUACGCCCUUCCCUGUGGCGACGGUGCCACACUGUCAGGUUUAGUGUUACGUGCGCGUGUGUGUGUGUGUGUGUGUUUGUGCCUGCGUGUUUGAUGCACAAUAUCAAGGCACUUGCAGAGGAAUUUAAAAAAAAAUAUUAAAAGAUCGUGCGUUUGUGUGUGAUAAGCAGUGAAAUUUGUGUGAAAAUUUCAUCACUUCAUCAGCAGCAGCACCGAGCAGCAGUGAUCCGUUUCUACAGGGUACCGGAACAAUCCGGAGCACAGAGAGGCAUAUCGGUGUUUUUUUUUUGUUUUGCGUUGGCUUCGUCUGUGUUUGUGUGUGUGUGUGUGUUUUCCUGCUCCAAGCGGUUCCAGCCAGCUAAGCCCGGUCUAGCCACACUGCACAGAGAGACAGACCACAACACGUUUUGUGUGCGUGUACUGUCGGACGGCGGGGAGUAGUAGUGUGUGUCCGUGUGUUUGCAGCCGAAAAGUGCGGAAGUGACUCGACGAUAUUGCUGCGACUGAAAGAUAACACCGUGCGAAGACACCGGCAAAAAAAUCUGAUUGGUGUAAGAAAAUCCGAUUGGAAAGGCAAGCGGAAAUCAAAAUUACAUCUCAACGAUUUCCCGCAAAAGUAACGGCCAGGAUCGGCUGACAUCGGCUUAAUUUACGAAAGAAAAACACAAAAAAGGACAAAGGGUGUGUUGACGCUCAUCCCGCUGCCCCGCCACCAGCAUGACUUCCAAAACGGUACAGAAUGCGCCCGCUAUUGCCAUCUCCACGCCCGCCGCCGCAUCCAUAAAGUCGUCCACCUCGUCGCUCAUCUCCAGCAUGUCGCUGGCCUCGCCAAUGACCAUGUCGUCCACGAUGUCGAUAUCGUCGGCGGACAGUGCGAUGGUCGCCGGCUCGUCGUCCAGCGGAAGCGGCGGCUGCUCCACCAUCGUGAAGGAGGGCUGGCUGUACAAGCGGGGCGAACACAUCAAGACGUGGCGCUCGCGCUACUUCAUCCUGAAGAGUGACGGCACGCUCGAGGGCUACAAGAUACGGCCGGAUCCGCAGGUGCCGACCGAACCGUCGAACAAGUUCACCGUGCGCGACUGCCAGAUCAUGUCGAUCGAUCGGCCCCGGCCGUUCACGUUCAUCAUCCGCGGGCUGCAGUGGACGACCGUGAUCGAGCGCAUGUUCCACGUGGAGGACGAGAACGACCGGAAGGACUGGGUGGAGGCGAUCCGCAGCGUCGCGAACAAGCUGAACGAGGAGGAGGUGUACCAGGCGACGCUGCCGAACCAGGCGGCCGACGACGACUGCGAGAUGGGCUCGAUCGCGGAGGACGAGCUGGUGAACGAGAAGCCGGUGUACGGUACCGCGACGGACAAAGUGAGCGGCAAGCGGAAGGUGACGCUCGAAAACUUUGAAUUCCUGAAAGUGCUCGGCAAAGGCACCUUCGGCAAGGUGAUUCUGUGCCGGGAGAAAACCUCCUCGAAGCUGUACGCGAUCAAGAUACUGAAAAAGGACGUCAUCAUACAGAAGGACGAGGUGGCCCACACGAUGGCCGAGAGCCGCGUGCUCAAGACGACCAAUCAUCCAUUUUUGAUAUCGCUAAAGUACUCGUUCCAAACGGUCGAUCGCCUGUGCUUCGUGAUGCAGUACGUCAACGGGGGCGAGCUGUUCUUCCACCUGAGCCGCGAACGCAUAUUCCCCGAGGAUCGGACGCGCUUCUACGCGGCGGAAAUUAUUUCAGCGCUCGGCUACCUACACUCGCACGGCAUCAUCUAUCGGGACUUGAAGCUGGAAAACCUGCUGCUCGACAAGGACGGCCACAUCAAGAUCGCCGACUUUGGCCUGUGCAAGGAGGACAUCACGUACGGCCGGACGACGAAAACGUUCUGCGGUACGCCCGAGUACCUGGCGCCGGAGGUGCUGGAGGACAACGAUUACGGCCACGCGGUCGACUGGUGGGGCACGGGCGUCGUCAUGUACGAGAUGAUUUGCGGCCGGCUGCCGUUCUACAACCGCGACCACGACAUCCUGUUCACGCUGAUCCUGAUGGAGGAGGUGAAGUUCCCGCGCAACAUCAGCCCGAACGCGCGCAGCCUGCUGAGCGGGCUGCUGGUGAAAAAUCCGAAGCAGCGGCUCGGGGGCGGCCCGGACGAUGCGAAGGAAAUCAUGGCGCACCCGUUCUUUGCCAGCAUCAACUGGACGGAUCUGGUGCAGAAGCGCAUCACGCCCCCGUUCAAGCCGCAGGUCACGAGCGACACGGACACGCGCUACUUCGACCGGGAGUUCACUGGCGAGAGCGUGGAGCUGACACCGUCCGACUCGAACGGGCCGCUCGGUGCGAUCCAGGAGGAACCACACUUUUCCGAAUUCAGCUACCAGGAUAUGGCUUCCACCAUGAACACGCCCAGCUACAUGAACCAUUCGCACAACUUUCACCCGAUGCAGUGAGAGCAAGCGGCCCGUGAAAGGCGCCCGGUGAGUUCGGGCGCACAGUAGCGCGAAACAAUGGUGAGGAAGGGUGAGUGUGGGACCUGGACACCAGACACUGCGCCUUCUUUGGAGACCCCCUCUUCACCCCUCUCUGUGUACACAAUGGGUUAUGGUGGAAAUACCCGGUCAAAACGCCCGCGUCGUUGGUAUAUUCCGGCGUGACGGGUGCAAUCGCUGGAAUUGCACGGGGCCGUGAGGAAAUGAUGCAGAGCGCGCGACGAGGAUAAAAGAGGAAGAGAAGAAGCGCGAUGAAGGCAAAUCGUGAAUAGAGUGAAGAAGGCAACGAGCAAAAAUCUUUUUCGUUUGAAUAGCAGCAGCAGCAGCAGCAGCAAGGGGUCAUCGUAACGUUCGUAACAAUCCGCCAGCAAAAGCAUAAGGAACCAAGCCUAUUUAUGUUCGAUUACUAUGCGUAUUCCAAUAGCCCGGAGGUUGAAUUUUCUGUAUGUGUGUGUGUGUGUGUCCCGUCGGUUGAACCGCACCACCAACGGUCGGAUCGAACAGUCGAGUGGACGAAGGAACGGGAAAGAGGGGAUGUUCAAAAAAGGCCACAUGUGCAGAUCCCGGUGAAGAUCCUCGGAAGGAUGGGGGGAGGCUCAAGUGCCGCACAGUGGAGGGAAAAAAGCUUCCAAACCGCGAUGUGCAACGCCCAUGUGCGCUACGUCGACGGAACGACCAGAUCGGUGAUCGGGCUGUGCGACCUCUAGCAUGAUGACCGACCCGUCCGGUACAGAAGAAUUGUUUCUUAAAUGUUCCCUACACCUGCAAACACCCCCACCUCAGCCAUCGCAACAGUUAUACUUUAUGUUACACAACAGUCAAGACAGCAAAACAAAGAACAAAAAUCCUUAACCUCCCUCCCACAAUGCCUCAGCCCGCUCUCUAGUUCAACGCGAACGCCCGCAAAGAGAAGCAAAAGCGAAGGAGGUGAUUGAGGGGUGCGAAAUAGAUGAUACUUACUACCACCACCACCACCACCGUCGUGCCAACUAUUGCCAUAACCAAUGCCGUGAAAAUGAUCUCAGUUUAAUAGCAAUCGAACCAGGAAACAAUAGAUUAUAAUAGAUCUCAAUACAGAGAGACACAACUUUACACACACAGGCAGACAGACAGACAGACAGAGACCCACCUGAAUAUUAACUCUCUAGCAGGAGCAGGAAAGGUAGUGUGGGGUGGUGCUCUAGUUGCACUUUUAGUUGCCUUUCUUAUCAUGUUCAACAGAGCUCCACAUCUCCCGUGUAUCAGUGAACGAACGAGUGGUAACACGAAAUGUUCACCAACAAACAGCUCCAUAGUAUAAUGUUCACCAGCCAACCCCAGCCAACCAUCUCGUCACGAAGAAUGGAAGCGAUUUUGAUCGUACCUGCGCGCGAUUCCUUGAGCGAACGAAGAAGAAAUUAACACUAUUUGCGCGCUAUUUUAGUGUCGUAUAACACAGAGAGUAAGAGAGAGAGAGAUAGAGAGAGAAAGCAUAAUUUAACCGAAGUUUGAGCACCCAUUUAGAGAGGAGGAUAAGUAAGUUUUGAACUUAGCUACUUUAAUUCGUAAAAAAACAACAAAAAAGAGGCCUCGCUGCUGCUUCUCGCCAGCGUUUGCCAGCGAGAAUCCUUUGUUCUCUUCCUGCUACUAGCAUACACGCGCACGGGGAACGCGCGUUCGAGUAGCAUUAUUACUUAUUAUUAUUACCUUUGCGCGACUCUACACACACACACACACACGCAGCAACGCUCCCCCCAAAUAAUUUGUGAACCUUGUUUCCUAUCACUUUCAAAUGCGCCUGUUUUGUUUCCCCCGUGUUUAUCCGUGACCACCGUAGUAAACCUUGUACCGGUGUGGUGUGUGGUGUACAAGCGCGGAGGUAUUAUUAUUAAAGGACACAGCUCCCAAGUAGUGCUGCUGCCGUGAGAAGCAAACACGCUAAAAAGAGAGAGAAAGAGAGAGAGAGAGAGAGAGAGAGAGAGAGAGGGGGGGGGAGAAAGAAGCAUGUUAAUAUAGAAGCUGCUUUUAUAGACGAUAAGCUGGUGCGCGCGCAGCAAGUGACGCAACGUGCGCGCUCAAUGACGCAAGAUUAGAAAGCAACGGGCUGUGAUAGCAUGAAGUUAAUAAUAGUGGUUAGAAAAUGUGUGUGUGUGUGUGUGUGUGUGUGUGUGUGUGUGUACGUGUAUGGACCUGGCCUAUAGGCAGCAUAUAGGCAUGUAGAAAUUGGCGCGCAAAUGCUGUGUGCUCUUGGCGGAAGAGGAUAUAUACGCAAGGAUGCUAUGAAAUACGCACCCUUGCACCAACUCUCUUCGCUAACACGGUUAGAAGCGGUCAUUGCACGGUAGAGGGAGAGAGAGAUUCCUGACGAAAUGCCCAGAUAAAGGGGCAAAAGAAUUUGGGGGGGGGGGGGGGGGGGGGGGUGCUAUAACCCUACUGCAAUUUAGUAACACGUUCUGCUCUUCCCGCUUCCUCCAAAACGGUUGAGCGAAACAGGACGAACAACGGUGUGUGUACCCAUCCCUUCGCGCCCCGCAAUGUUGUCUACUGUGUGACAGUGUGUGUGUGUGUGUGUUCCUUAGCAGUGUGGUGUGCAUGAAAAGCGAUCGUUUUGGAAGGAUGAUAAGGGUUAAGUGUAAGCAACUUUAGUGCGCGAGAGAGAAGAGAUCAUUAAAAGCUGAAAAGGGAGAAAUUGUUCAUAAUUCAUUAGAGCCUAACCAUACACACACACACACACGCACACGCGCGCGCGUUACAUUCAUGAUGUGUGUGUGUGUGUGUGAUGUGUGCGUUUGUCGCUAAACUUUACUUUAAAAGUUGUAGUAGCCGCGCACCAGUAACAGCAACACAGUCGCUACUACCAGCGCUGCUAUGAAGCAACUAAAACCAUAGUAGUUAAAAACAUAGAGUACUGGAUAGGAGCAAAUAUCACUGCCUUAGGUAAACGAGACAUUGACAAAAUGGAAAUAAAUUAACUAGAAGAAAAAACAAUACAAAAACAAGUGCAACAUUUAGAUGGCUAUGUAGAGCUCAAAGCGGGAGCUGGGUGAAGCAGACUGCAAGAUAAAGCAACCUUUACCAUCAUCCCCAUUUUCCUCGGCAGUAAUGCAGAGAUAGAGAUGAAAGCCCGAACACGAUGUUGCAAAUAAGCAUCGCAAACACGAUCGCAAGCGUUUGAAACGAACAGCAGCAGCAGUCACACGUGCUUUCCAAUUGGAAAAAAGUAAAGUUUCGUUUGUUCUGCUAAGCUUUACUUUUUGUUUAAGGGUUUACUACCCUUGGACAACGCUACUGGUGCUAAUUGAUUAAAAGCGUAUACCCCCCCCCCCUCCCCUUCCCCAUUGAAAUCGAGAUCGAGUAAAGCACGAGCACGAGGUCAAUAUAGAAAGCGCGAAUGUCCUAGCGAUAAAUACUACUACUAAUAUUACUACUACUGACUGCGAGGGAGAGGAAAAAAACAUAUAAAACUGGCUUCCGAAAUAAUGUUUUCUUUUUAAGAAGGGGGGAGAGGCUUUACAAACAUCUAGAAGAUCAGCGAAACAAAUAUUCCUUUCCCUCCCGCGCAUUAAGGACAACGGGAAAAGGAUUACUAUAAGUUAGCGCAAAUGAGAAAAAGAAAAGAAAUACUACCACUACUACUACUACUACUACUACUAUUACUUCUAAGCGAAGGCCACAAUAGCGUUACAGUAAUCCAUAAGUAAUAGAUAAAUUUAAUAAAAAAAAAAACACACACACACACAAGAUUACCGAAAAUAGACGUACACAUGCAAAAAACA